AUGAGUACCCAGCAAGAAGAGUCAUCGGAAAAGACCGUUGCAACGACCCAGCCGGAGAUUGCAAGUCCCGGGGUUCAGUUGACCGAAUUGCUCACUAAAUUUGGGGAGAUGGCAUCUGAAAUGGCCGCCCAAAAGAAACUGAUCGAUGAGCUCCCUCAGGGUGAUCCAAACAUGCAUGUAAAUCCACCGACUUUUUUCCAAACUACCGCAGAGCCCGUUGUGCCGGAGCACGUUUUUCAAAACAAGCCAGAAAUGGGAGAGUCAUCUGCCCCGGUUGAUCUAAAGUUGCUUAAGCGAUUGGAUCGUUUCGAUGAAUUCAUCCGCAAGAGCCAAGGUUUAAGCAAGCAAGGGGUGCUGGACUACGAUGAUUUGUGCCUAUUUCCAAACGUACAACUGUCGGUGGGGUUCAAGACCCCGAAGUUCAACAAAUAUGAUGCGCCAACCCGGACUACUCUGGAAGGAACGAAAAGGAAGCCUUCUGAGGACCACAAGACCUAUGCUAAGAGGUGGAGAAAGGUAGCUGCUAAGGUCGAGCCACCAAUGACCGAGGAUGAAAUCAUACGUACUUUCAUAAAGGCCCAUGAUCCGCCGUACUUCGAAGAGAUUUUCCGUAUGACCGGAUGUUCGUUUGCUGCAAUUGUAAAUAAACUUGAAGAAUUUGACGACUUUGUAAGAGCUGGGAAAAUUGUUAAUGUAUCUGCCCUGAAAUCGCAAGUAGAAGCUUUGCAAGGGCGAGGAAGCAGUGAAAAGAAACCACCAUUCAAAAAGAAAGAAGGAGAUACAACCUUUGUUUGGAACCACAACCUUUCACCCCGACCCCGAUGCCAACACAACCCAACCUACCAACAACCUUACCCUUACUACUAUUCAAGCCCAAACCAUGUAUAUACUACCAAUAUCCACCACCCUCGACCUCGCCCAAACUAUACUAACCCACCUUCAGCCCCUUUCCAAAUUUCCCAACCAAAUCCACCCCAAAACCGACUUCGUCCACCAUAUAACCCAAGAUUUCCUCCUCCAAAUAGACCUGUUUACAAUCAUCCUCAACCUCAUGAACCUUACAACCGACCCCCAAGCCGUACUUUUACCAAUUUAGGUAGGCCUUUAGACCAACUGUACGACCAGUUAAAGGCCUCCGGAAAAAUUGGUACAGUACCACCUCCUACCUAUCCGUAUGGCAUGCCCGCUUGGUAUAACCCGCAAGCUGUUUGCGCAUAUCAUUCAGGGGCACCUGGGCAUGCAACUUUGGAUUGUAAGGCGCUAAAGCAUAAAGUUCAGGAUAUGGUUGAGUCUGGAGAAAUCGUGAUCAGAAAGAGGGAGCCGCAAGGGCCAAAUGUAAAUCAAAACCCCUUGCCAGAGCACGUUGGGGUUAUUAUGGACGAUGCGGAGUACGAGGAACAAAUUAAGAAAUUGGCAAUAGAAGCUGAAGUGUUUGGGGUCACGGACCGACCGUUUGUCAUAGAGUUGCCAUUCGAAGAAGAUAACAAGCCUUUUGUCUUAGAUCUCACGCCAGCGGAGAAUGAAGCUUUGAAACCAGUAGUCAUCGAAUUCCCGAAGCAGGAGCCCGUAUUAAGUCUGCAACAAGUGCCGUGGAAUUACGAUGAGCCUAGCAUACAGAUCGGGGAAAAUUCAACUGCAAAGAAGGAAGUGUCAGUAGUUACUAGAUCGGGGAAGACUGUAAAUCCAUUUGAGACUACUACUCCAAUUCAAGCCAAUAGUUCUGAGCCACCCCUCAAACCAACAAUUACCGAGAAAGAAGCUGUGGAUUUCCUUAAACGAUUCCAGAGAAGUGAAUACAACAUAGUGGAAAAGCUAAGCAAAUCACCUGCCCAGAUAACCAUGUUGGACCUACUUUUCUCCUCGGACGUGCAUAGGGAUGCAUUGAUCGAUGUAUUAACAAGAGCUCAAAUUCCGAGAGACAUUUCUGUUGAUAAUUUUUCAAACGUGGUGGGGAGUGUAUUAUUCAAGAAGCAAAUUGCUUUUUCUGAUGAUGAAUUGCCGACGGAGGGCAUUGGACAUAAUAAGGCGUUGUACAUAACAGUGAGGUGCAACGGAAAAAUGCUGCCUAAGGUGUUAAUCGAUAAUGGAUCCGCACUGAAUAUCUGUCCGUGGAGUACCUUAGAGAAACUAGGAUUGCAAGACGUCAAGCUGAGGCCUUCAGGGACUAUCGUUCGAGGGUUUGAUGGAGCUCAAAGGGAGCCGAUAGGAGAGGCAGAUUUAGUAAUCGAGAUGGGGCCCGCCCAGUUUCAAAUAACUUGCCAAGUCAUGAACUUCCCGAGCAUUUAUAAUAUCUUGCUUGGAAGACCAUGGAUUCACAAGUCUGGGGCCGUGCCGUCUUCGUUGAAUCAAUUACUCAAGUUCGUGGUAAAUGACAAGCUAAUCACUAUCUUUGCUGAAGAGGACUGCCUGGUGAUCACCGAUUCUGGAGUUAAAGAGGAGGGUAGUCAAAGUGUUACCAUGUCCCCUCACAGCACAUCCGAUAUAGUCUCCGUAAGUUGGAUAACCACGGAGGAACAAACUCCCUCAAAAGCCAGUGUAAUGAUGGCCAGAGAAAUGAUUCGUGGAGGAUACAAAUUCGACAAGGGGUUGGGGCGUGAACUACAAGGGAUCCUGAAGCCAGUGAAGAUAGUAGAAAAGAGAGAUACCUUCGGUUUGGGUUUCAGACCAACCGCCAAGGAUUUCAAGGAGAUGAAAGAGCGUAAAAGAGCAGAAAAGGAGGGCCGGCAAAGGGUUUUCGAUAUUCCACCACUGUGGUAUACUUUUCCCCGGCCAACUGAAAUAAUCACAUCAGAGGGUAAUUCAACUGAAGAAAUCGAGAAUAGUUUGUCCCAGUUGUUCGUUGGGGCAAUAUUUGAAGACAAUUUCCUGAGCGAGGCCGAAUUUCCUGACAUCCCUGAGGGGUCUAUUUCUAAUUGGACUGCCGAGUUCCUGCCUGUUCAGAAGGAGUUUCGGUAA